AUGGCGCAGCUACUUUGUCCUGUUUGUACAGAUCUUUUGAAGUUUCAUAACUCGUCUCCUAGCUCUAGAUCAGGUGCGUCGCGAUUCUCGGCGAAGUCAAGCGGUGCUUCGUCUUGGUGCUUACCUGCUUACGCCGGAAACAGACGAAACGGCGCAAUCGGAAGAUUGAGAGUCGCGACUAAGGAUGCUGCUUCUCUUUCCACCGGCGAUGUCACCGAUGAUUACUAUUCCGUUCUCGGAUUGCUUCCAGAUGCGACUCAGGAAGAGAUUAAGAAAGCAUACUAUAACUGUAUGAAAUCUUGCCAUCCAGAUUUGAGUGGCAAUGACCCUGCAACUACAAAUUUCUGCAUGUUCAUAAACGAUAUCUAUUCAAUUCUCAGUGAUCCUGUACAGCGUAUGGUUUACGAUGAAAUUCAUGGGUAUUUAGUGACUGCUAUCAAUCCUUUUCUCGAUGAUUCCAGCCCAAAGGAUAAUGUUUUCGUUGAUGAGUUUGCUUGUAUAGGCUGCAAAAAUUGUGCCAAUGUGGCUCCACAUAUAUUUAAAAUUGAAGAAGACUUUGGAAGAGCAAGAGCAUGUAACCAGCGUGGAAACCCAGAUUUAGUUCAACAAGCAGUUGAAACAUGGUAG